AUGAGUCCACCAAGCCAGAAUAUAGUCUCCCCUACCGAAUUCCAAAAAGCCCACAGCACCCACCUCGCCCACGAAAAAGCAGCAACCCACCACCUCCAAGCCCUCGCCUCCGCGCGCCGCUCCCUGCCCAUAGUCCCCGUCCCAGAUGCCUCACGCUUCAAGUUCGACACUAUCGACGGCGAGAAAACUCUCCCUGAGCUUUUCGCCGGUCGGAAGCAACUAAUCAUGUACCAUUUUAUGCUGGGGCCGGAGGACGAGAAGGGGUGUGUGGGGUGUUCGUUUUGCAUGGAUCAUAUACCUGAUCUGCGGCAUUUGGAGAGUCGGGAUACGAGUUUUGUGGCGGUUGCGAGGGCGCCGGUGGGGAAGAUUGAAGAGUAUAAGAGGCUUACGGGGUGGGGGUUCCCGUUUUAUAGUUCGGAGAAGACGCAUCGGGCGUGGGAGGAGGCGGAGAAGGGUGGAGAGGUUAUCACUUGGAAGCCUGGGAAUGGGUAUUUUGGCUUAUGUGUGUUUUUCAGGGGGGAUGAGGGGGAGGUGUUCCAUACGUAUUCUACUACGGAUCGGGGGAUGGAGAUUCUUCUUGGGACGUAUCAUUUGUUGGAUAUGACGCCUUUGGGGAGGCAGGAGGUGGGGAAUGGGAUGAAUAAUUUUCGGAGAAUUUAUGAAUACUGA